AUGAAUUCGUUUCUUCAGAGCUUAGAAGAUCCAGCACGACCUUUCCUAGGUCCGAACUACUGGAUUCUAAAGAAAAUGGGAUUACUUUUACCUAAAAGCAUAUUAGGCAAAAUUUUGUAUAUUUUCUUGCACGAAACUGUCACCUUUUUUGUCGCUACUCAGUACAUGGAAUUGUACGUUAUCAGAUCAGAUUUGGAUCUCGUAUUGACUAACAUGAAGAUAUCCAUGUUAAGCGUGGUUUGCAUUGUAAAGGUGAACACCUUCGUUUUGUGGCAAAAGCAUUGGCGUGAAGUUCUGGACUAUAUUACAGAAGCUGAUAAUUUUGAAAGGCAAAAUGAGGAUCCGGUCAAGAGUCAGAUAGUUGAAGCUUACACUAAAUACUGCCGGCGGCUCACAUACUUUUACUGGGCUUUGGUCAGCACAACCUUCUUGACAACUACAUGUUCACCAUUAAUGAGAUAUCUGUCGUCAUCGACGUUUAGAGAGAACAUGCGUAACGGUACUGAGCCAUUUCCGCACAUCUUUAGUUCGUGGAUGCCCUUUGAUAAAUACCACUCUCCAGGCUGUUGGAUCACAGUCCUGUGGCAUACAGUACUUUGUGCUUAUGGAGCUGCAAUUAUGGCGGCCUACGACACUUGCAUUGUGGUAACGAUGGUAUUCUUUGGAGGAAAACUGGAUCUACUUCGUGAGAGGUGCAAACACAUGUUUGGCUCUUACGGUACUGUAAUUACAGACAAGCAAUGUGAAGAGGUAGUGCGGCAACUUCAUGGCAUCCAUGUGAUGUUAAUUAAGUACUCGAGAUUAUUUAAUUCACUGCUGUCGCCAGUCAUGUUUUUCUACAUGGUCAUGUGUUCGCUCAUGCUUUGUGCGAGCGCCUACCAACUGACUUCCGCACAGAAUGCCGCUCAGAAGCUUUUGAUGGCAGAGUAUUUAAUCUUUGGAAUCGCACAACUUUUCGUCUUCUGUUGGCACAGCAACGACGUUUUGAUUAAAAAUGAAAAUAUGACAUCAGGUCCAUUUGAAAGCAACUGGUACACAGCUAACUAUCGGCAAAAAAAAGACGUGUUACUUCUUUCGGGGCAGCUUCGCAUCAAGAACAUAUUUACUGCUGGGCCAUUCGCCAACCUUACUCUGCCGACCUUCAUUAAUAUACUCAAAGGGGCUUACAGUUACUACACUUUGUUGAGGAAAUAA